AUGGCUACCAAAGGAAGAAGAAUGAGAGUACUUCUUCUUUAUUUGUCAAGCUUUUUUUUGUUCUUCAAUUUCAGCCCUGCAUACUCGGAGACAGACACAAUCUACUUAGGUCAACCGCUCAGAAAUUGGGAACAGUUAAUUUCAAAAAAUCAGGUCUUCAAGUUGCAAUUCUUCAGCUCUGGGAUGAUUUCAAGGAGCUAUUAUGUAGGCAUAUUUUACAACAAGGAGCAAAGAACCGAGAAGGCCGUGUGGAUGGCAAACCGAGACAACCCUAUCCCCGAUGCAUCUGGGAACCUGAUCAUCGACUUUGAUGGCCGUUUGAAAAUUUCAUAUAGUGGGGGCCGCAGUGCUAUUGUAUUUAAUUCUCUUCCGGCAAACAGCAAUGCAAGUGCUACACUGCUAGAUUCAGGCAAUUUUGUAUUCAGAGAACUCGAUUCAAAUGGGUCUGUAACGCAAGUUUUGUGGGAAAGUUUUGAUUAUCCUACCGACACGCUUCUACCAGGAAUGAAACUUGGUAUCAACCUCAAAACUGGGCAUACAUUGUCGCUAACUUCUUGGAGAAGUGAUGAGGUACCUGCCUCAGGGUCUUUUACCUUUGGUGUAGAUUCCAAUGGUACGGGACAACUUGUAAUCUGGCGGCUAGGGAAUGUCUACUGGACUAGUGGGCUAUGGAGCAACGGGAGCUUUGACAAUGUCCGCCAAUUGUCCUACGAAGACUACUACAACUUCAGCUAUGUCUCCAAUGAGAAUGAGAAAUACCUCAGCUACUCGGUGAAUGAAAUCAGUACUUCACCAAUGUUCUACAUAGGACCAGAUGGUCAAAUGAGAGGCGACGAAGGGAUAGCAUCUAUUGGUGGGUGUCAUUUGCGUAACCAUCUUGGGUGCAAAAUGACCGGAAACUCGCCAGAGUGCAGGAAACCAAACUACUUUUUAGUAGCAAAAGCAAAAAGCAUAGUUGGUGAUGGAUUCAAGUACGAUAAAAGCUACAACUUGAGUGAUUCUGAUUGCAAGGAAAUAUGCUGGAACAAUUGCUCUUGUGUUGCCUAUGCUACUAACAACGGAACCGGAUGUGAGAUUUGGGUUCAAGGAAUGAGUUUCGAAGAACAUUUUGGCACUUACGACGACAGACAGUUUUAUUUUCUUUAUUCAAAAAGAGGAAGGGAUGUGGCUCUGAUGCCGUCGUUGGUCGCACCGAGGAGAGCCUGGGAAGAGGGGGUUUGAGCAAAGAGGAGAGGACAAGGGAGGAAGGGAGGGGAGGGAAUGGAGAUAUUCCUAGGAGGGUUGUUUGACUAUGGGUUGCCAACAGUGGCAGAAGGGUGGUGAGAGAAAGGGGCAAUGAAGUUGUUACUUAGAGAAAGAAAGAGGGGAGAGGGGGUUGCUAAUGGAGAGAGAUGAUGAAGAAGAGAAAAAGGGGGCAAUGACAUUGUUGAGUCAGAGACAGAGAGUGAGAGAGAGGCAACAAGACGGCUCCAUCUCUGGCGAAGACCUUCAUCUCCGGCGAAGCAGAAAGAAGUGGUGGAUAUGGCUGCUCACUGCAAUGGG